GCGUACUUCACGGCACCAGGACUGGCGGGAACCAGCCGCUUUCCGACGAGGACCAGAAGCGCCACGGCUCCAGCCAGCAGCGCUCCGACUGGGACCACCGCUUCUACUGGGACCAGAAGCGCACCCUCGCGGCUCAGCGAUGUUGCCAGGCAAAUCAGCAGCGCCACCGCUGGGCCUGGCAUCGCUCCAGUUGGAAACAGCAGCGCUUCGGCUUGAACCGGCAGCGCCCCGACCUGUGCCAGCAGCGCUGCAACUGGAACCAGCAGCGCUCUGACUGGGGCCAGCAUUUCUUCGGCGGGAACCACG